AUGUUACAAGCAAAAAAGUGUUUACAUUUUUUUUCUAGAAAAGUUAUAUCCAGAAAUUACCAAGUGACAAUAGUUGGAGGAGCAAGUGAAAUUGGACAAUCCAUCGCUUUAUUACUAAGAAACCAGCGUCCAAUCACAAGUCUUGUUAUUCACGACAAUGUUACACACACCCCUGGGAUCGUAUUGGAUUUAUCACAUAUACCAACAAAUUCUGCAAUAAAAGGUUACGUUGGAAGUGAUUCUUUAGACAGCGCGUUACAACAUUCUGAUGUUGUAAUUACGACCGGGGCUAUACAAAGUCCAGGCUUGUCUGAGAAGGCUAGAUUACAUUUUAAUGUUGAAUUUAUUAAGUCAUUUGCUACAAGAGUUUCAAAAGUGAGUCCUAUUCCAUUCAUAGGCAUUGCGACAGAACCGAUAAAUGUUUUAGUACCAAUGGCAACAGAAGUUAUAAGAAACCACGGUGACUAUGAUCCAAAAAAAAUAUUUGGCAUCACUAGCACAGAUUUAUUUACAGCACAGGCUAUGUAUGCAUCUAUAAAUAAUAUAAAUCCUGAAGACUGCAAUGUACCUGUGAUAGGUGGGCAUUCGAAUGAAACUGUCAUUCCUUUGCUGUCACAAUCGAAGCCUGCUUGUAAUUUAAACCAGAAAUCAAUCGAAGAAUUUACUGCCAAAUUCCGCUCUCAAGAAGAUUUGGUUAUAAAUUCUAAAAAAGGAUGGUCGCCAACGCUGUCAAUUGCGUAUGGUGUAUCCAAAUUCGUCCAAGGAAUAUUAAAUGCACUAGAUGGUCGAUCAAAUCAAAUACAUGCGUAUAUUGAAAAUAACGAUUUCGGUACAUCGUAUUUUGCCGGUAAGGUGUUUGUGGAUGAGAAUGGGGCUGGUGAAAUGGAAAGAUAUUCCAAUUUGUCAGAUUUCGAAUGUCAUUUAUUAGAACGGACUAUUGAGCAGCUAAGAAAAGACGUUUCUAAGGGUAAAAAAAUGUUGGAACUGGCAUAAUUUUCAUUGAAUUGCACGAUUUUCUAUUUCUUCUGUACUUACUAUAUAUUUAUAACA